CAAGCCAAACAAACAAAAACCAAGAAGGCUGGGGUACUGCAGAGGUCUGCACAUUCAUCUUGCAGGACUAAUCACAACAGCCAGGAGAUCUGGAACCAGCUUAGGUGUCCAUCAACAGAUGAAUGACAAAAAAAUAUGUGAUACUUACACACAAUGAAAUUUUAUUCAGCUGUAGAAGAAUGAAAUCAUAAUAUUUUCAGGCAAAAUGAAGGGAACCGAGAUCAUGAUGUUAAGCAAAAUAAUCCAGAUUCAGACAAAUAUUGCAUGUUUUCUCUCAUAUGAGGAAGCUGAGUUUAAAUUUGUAUGUCCAGGACGCGAACGUAGAAGAGGGGGGUUAUGAGAGGAGGGAAGAGGGCUGCGGGGAGGGGACAAGAGAAGGUCGUGGGAUGUGUGUGAUAGGAAAACAGAGGGGGCUUUUCUGGGGGAAGAAACCUUGAAAAGGGGGGAAAGGAGAGGAGAGGGUGACUAAGAAUAAAGUGUAUGUGUGUGUGUGUGUGUGUGUGUGUGUGUGUGUGUGUGUUACAAUGAAACCCUUUGGUCUGCUAGCCAAGAUAUUAAAUAAAUACUGAUUAUAUAGCUCAAUGGAGAGAGAGAGAGCCUGGAAAUAAGAUUGUUGCUACAUUCACCCAACAAAUACUUAAUGUAUGGGGGCAGCAAUGAACCAGGUAAGGGUUCCCUUCCCUGGGGAGACAGUAGGGAGAGAUAGCAACAAGUCAAUAAAUAAACAAAUAAGCAAUUGUAGGCAACAGGUCUCUAGAGACGAUAAAUCAGGAGAGGGACAUUGGUUUCUAAUAUUGUACUUAUUAGUGUUGUGUGAGCCGUGUGUGAUGUGUGUGCAGAUAUGAAGAGGCCAGAGGAGGGCUCUCAGGACACUGUCCUCUCCUUCCACCAUGGCUUCUGAGGAUGGAAUUCAGCUUGCCAGCCUUCUUUGGCAGGUGACUUUAGUCGCUAAGCCUGACUUUUGUUAUGAGGGUCAGGCUUUGCUGAGCUGAGGCCUGAAGAGCAGGCAUGAAACAGCCUUGGAAAUGUUUUGGGGGUUCCUGUGGGGCAAAGCAAGGGUGAGGUCCUGAGGGAGGAAUGUGGGCAGAACAUAGAGAGAAGAUGCUGAGGGAACAGAACAUUUGAAGUCCACCUGGGGACUUCCAUUUACACUGAACCAGGAGGGAGCCAUGGGGAUGUUUGAAGAGUAGAGGGACAUGCUCGGAUGGGAGGAACUAUACAAGGGGGCUACCAGGUGGGAACAGAGACCAGGGGAGAGAGGAGGUGACAUGGCUCAGCCUGAGGAGUUACAGGUGGUAAGGACAGAAGUGAUUAGAUUCUGGGAACAUCUUUUGUUUUGUUUUGUUUUGUUUUUUUCAAAGUUUGUUGUUGUUGUUGUUUUUAAUUUUAUUGUUUUUGGAGUCUGAGGAAGCCAAAGAGCACAUCAGAUCUCCUGGAACUGGAGUGAAGGAAAGUUGGAAGCCCUCAUGCGGGUGCUGGGAAUUGAACCUGGGUCUUUUGGAAGAGCAGCCAGUGCUCUUAAGUGCUGAGCCAUCUCUCCGGAUGUUUCAAAAUUUUUACUGAAAGUAACAAAUGUACUGGAAGGUACACAUUAUACUUGUAGGUAGUCUGGUACAGCUGGAUGGGUUUUCAUAAAGGGAACAUUUCUAAUGACUAUUCAGAUAAAAAACACUCCCACAACUGCAUAAGGUGGCAUAGGCCUGCAAUCCCAGCACUCAGGAAGCAGAGGCAGGUGGAUUUCUGUGAGUUCGAGGUCAGCCUGGUCUACAUCGUGAGCUCCAGGACAGCCAGGGCUAUGCAGUGAGACCUUGUCUCAAAGGGGAGUUCUGGGCGUGAAACUAUCCGCCAACCAGGUCAUUUUGCUCUGACUUGAACAGACAAGACAUCACAGGCCACAAACGUGGUCCUCUUUGAAGGCCUUGUUGGAAUGAGUGAAUGAUGAGAGGGCCAGGGACUUAAUGCUGACCCUCUUAUGUCCUGUGCCAGCUCCCCUCGGCCUACUGACCCUGCUGCCACCCCUCAGGCCUGCGGCCCCCAUCUCCCCAUCAGAGCCCAUCAGUCAAGCCUAUAGCCUGGCUCUCUACAUGCAGAAGAACACGUCGACGCUGCUGCAGACCUACCUCCAGUACCAGGGUAGCCCCUUCAGUGACCCUGGUUUCUCAGCUCCUGAACUCCAGCUCAGCAGCCUGCCUCCUGCUGCGGUCCCCUUCAAGACCUGGCAUGCGAUGGAUGAUGCAGAGAGGCUAAGCCGAGCCCAGGGAGGCUUCCUGGCCCUGACCCAGCACCUUCAGCUUGUGGGGGACGACCAGAGUGAUCUGAAUCCUGGCAGUUCCAUUCUGCUGGCCCAGCUAGGAGCGGCGAGACUCAGGGCCCAAGGCUUACUGGGCAACAUGGCUGCUAUCAUGACUGCUCUAGGGCUGCCCAUCCCUCCAGAAGAGGAUACUCUGGGGCUUGUCCCUUUUGGGGCCUCAGCCUUUGAAAGGAAAUGUCGAGGCUACAUAGUGACCCGGGAAUAUGGUCACUGGACAGACCGGGCCGUGAGAGACUUGGCUCUACUCAAGGCCAAGUACCCAGCAUAAAAGGUCGUCCUUCCGUCAGAAGUCCCAGGGCUUUUCUUUAGAGGACUCAUUCCCGCCUUACUUCUGAGAUGGAGAAUGCCUCACGCGUCACUAAGGAGUCAGGACUCCUGUGACAAGUGUUUGGGACUAUUUCCUGGAAGCCAAGCCUCCACUCCUGAUUGCCUGGGUCUUCCUGCCAGGUCCUAGAGACUAGACUCGCUUUCAGAUCUAGGCAGGACUCCAUGGACCCGUUUGAUGGAUCAACAAACCAGUGGUGUGUUGAUAUUUCUGCUUCCUGGUUGGAAAGAAGAGCCCUUAUGAAGAGGCUUUACUUCCCACCCUAGGGAGAGGACAGCUGGUCUACCUCCUGAGCUUGUCCUGACUCUCCUCUUCCUGUAUUUGAGAAAGACCAGGGGCUGGCUUCCUGUCUCUGUCUACCUCAAUUCCUAGGUGAAGACGUGACCUUUCUGGACACAGGCCUCUUUUGGCUGAAGUUCUUACCCUCAGUCUACCUCUUCAUCGACAGUUCCUAUUGAACUCCCCAGUGGACAGAGGUUCAGUGUCCAGUCACAGCCACCAGGACUCAUGUCUCCUCUGUUUCCUGCUGAGGAGAUCCAUUUUGUGUUCAGGACUGACAAAUGGUAGCCCUGGCCUGGGCUCUUCAUGAAUUUAUUUGUACUGUGCCUUUGUGGGUAAGGGGGAGGGACCUCCUGUACAGUAAAGAUCCUAUUCUCCUCAGAUCCCUCUCCCCAUGUGCAACAACUGUGUUUCAUUAAACUGUGGUUUUAUUGUUAAACAUUUAUUUACAAAAAUUAAUUUAUUCUCAAAUAAAACUAAUCUCUUAAGAUGUUUUUCUGCCUUUCCCUCUCCAUAGACCAGGCUAGGGCUGGGGUCACUGGGAAUAGGGUACGGAGGGAAGAAAGGGAAGGACAGGGCUCCAAAAGAACCUGUGGAAGGAGGGAGGACACCAGGGAGAUGGUCCUGGAGAUGGGUGGCCUUGCCACCACAGGACCAGCAGGCACUUUUCUAGUUAGGAAAGGACAAAGGAACUGAAGGGAGAGAAAGUGUCACCUCCAUGAGAUGAAACUCAGGGUUACACAUAGUCAUAUGGACCAUGGGGAGACAGAUGUGAAAACUGGGCGUCAGAGGCAGGGGGAGCUCUGCGAGUUCAAGGCCAACCUGGUCUACAUAGUGAGCUCCAGGCCACCCAGGGCUAUAGAGUGAGACCUUGUCUCAAAAACAAACAAGCAAGCAAAGAAAGAAAGAGCAAGCGACAAGGAACGAGAGAGAGAGAGAGAGAGAGAGAGAGAGAGAGAGAGAGAGAGAGAGAGAGAGAGAGAGAGAGAGAGA